CAACUCGAUUUGGGGGAAGAAGAAAAAGCCUUCAUGCUGUCCUGGUGCGGCACAGUAAAUCCAGCAGCCAGUGUGCGCGCACAGUAAAUCGGGCUGCGUGCAUGGGGGGGGUUAAUCCAAGUCACGUGACGUAAUGUGCCGAGCUAUUCCAUUUCUAUCUUGGGUCCUUUUUCUAUUUCUGUCACUGCUUCAGCUGCUGCCACUCUUCACCUCAAUCACAAACAAACAAACAAACAAAACAGGGUUCGCUGGUCGGAGGAGUGGGUAGGAUACAUGGCUGCCAGAGCGUCCCUUCCAGCUUCCGGCCCUGUGUGUUGCUCGCACUGAGCGACUGGCACAACUUUACAGCAGGAACCUGUAAGUACCAGGCUGAGUGGCCGCCUUCCUUUGAGCUGUAGUCUUUGUACAGUUUUUCCCGACGAAGCUAAAAGGCGAAACCAAGCACUUGGGUUUUUGUUUACUCACGAAUCGCCAUUACCUUGCGCCAAGAAAUCCCAUUGCCAUUGUAAGUAAAUUAGGAAGCAGAAACAUAACUCAAGUGCUUUAACAGAGACAACACUGUUGUGUCAUUUACUCUUUGUAUUAUGGAUACAGGCGAGUCCUAAUCAACACACACAUACUGGUCAAAACAAGUCAACUUCUUUUUAACAAAAAUUCCCUUUAUUUGGACGAGCCAGCCUGAAAGGAUAUACAGCAGGAGCUGGACUAUGUCACGGUGCUAUUCUGGUCUACUAUGGGAUGUGAGGAAACGCUCUCUUGGAUUGGGUGAGCCUGAUGUGGUCCGAAUCAACUAUUUGGGGAGAAGAGAGUUUGUCCAAAGACUUAAAUUGGAAGCAACGUUAAAUGUACAUGAUGGCUGCGUAAACUCAAUUUCUUGGGGUAGUACAGGGGAAUACAUUUUAUCUGGAUCUGAUGAUACCACUUUGGUUAUCACUAACCCCUACGAUAAAAAAGUCCUCACAAGAAUUCGAUCAGGUCACAGAGCCAAUAUUUUCAGUGCAAAGUUCCUGCCUCUUACCAAUGACAAGCAGAUUAUAUCCUGCUCUGGAGAUGGAGUUAUAUUUUAUACAGAUAUUGAGAAAGAUGCAGACACAAACAGGCAGCGCCAAUUUACAUGCCAUUAUGGAACCGCUUAUGAGAUUAUGACAGUACCCAAUGAUCCCUACACAUUUCUGUCCUGUGGUGAAGAUGGAACUGUUAGAUGGUUUGAUACCAGGAUGAAGACCAGCUGUACAAAAGAAGACUGCAAAGAUGAUAUUCUAAUUAACUGCAGACGGGCUACUACCUCAAUUGCAGUUUGUCCCACAGCGCCAUACUACCUUGCUGUUGGAUGUUCGGACAGUACAGUGAGAAUAUAUGAUCGCCGUAUGCUUGGAACUAGAGCAACAAACAAUUAUUCAAAUAGUGGAACUACAGGAAUGUGUGUCCGCUUUGUUCCCUCACAUCUUGCAAACAAAUCCUGCAGAGUGACCUCCUUGUGCUAUAGUGAAGAUGGGCAAGAGGUUCUAGUGAGCUACUCUUCGGACUAUAUUUACCUAUUUGAUCCUAAAGAUGACCAAGCAAAAGAGCUCAAAUUUCCUUCAUCUGAUCAGAAAAGGGACGAGGUAAGGCAACCCCCUGUUAAACGCCUAAGACUUCGAGGAGAUUGGUCUGAUACAGGUCCAAGGGCAAGACCUGAAAGUGAACGAGAAAGAGAUGGAGAUCAGAGCACCAAUGCAUCACUAAUGCAAAGAAUGUCUGACAUGCUCUCAAGGUGGUUUGAAGAGGCUAGUGAAGUUGCACAGAGCAGCAGAAGACGAGUCCGACUACAAAAUAGAGCAGGAACCUCACAGCCUGUGUCAUCAACUUCCUUGUCUACAAACCACACGGAAACCCAGGCAUCAGAAAUACUUCCAGAGGCGACUGUCUCCCUAGAACAGCCAUCAAACUCAUCACACGUUGAAAGUCAAUCAAUGACUUCUGUAGCUACUGAACAGCUAGAAACGUCUGCUUCAUCAGACAGAGGCUGCAACUCUGCUGAGAGUUCUAAAGUAACCUCAGAGAGAGAGACAAGUGAGCCAGUACUGCAGUUACAUUAUAGCACUGAAGGAACAACAACAAGUACAAUAAGGCUGGACUUCACAGAUGAAUGGAGCAAUACAGCUUCAAGUUCUGUAGCUGUGAAAGUGGGUAACAAUGAAAAUACUCCAACUACUGAACUCGCACAGUCAAGUGAAAAGGAAGGCACAUCUAAAAGUGCAGAGCAGCAUGUAGAGGCAAUGCGCAGUGACCCUGGAAUGGAGCAAGAAAGUCUUCAAGAAUCAAACAGAAGCUCAAAUAACGAGGAACUUCCAGAAACAUCUAUCACUGCAGCACAGAUUGAAUCAACAUCCGCAAUCUCUACACACCAGGAGACUGACAGUGAUGAUGACACAGUUCGAUUCCCAUCCAGAACCCAGUCACAAAAUAGGAGAUCUGCGGCAGCCCGUAUCCAGGAGCUCUUUAGAAGAAGAAAAGAAAGAAAAGAGUUAGAAGAGAUGGAUAUGCAAAAUGUACAUCAGCCCUUUUCAAAAGUAGUGUACACGGGUCAUCGGAAUUCUCGAACAAUGAUUAAAGAGGCUGCAUUUUGGGGCAAAAAUUUUGUAAUGAGUGGUUCUGAUUGUGGUCAUAUCUUCAUUUGGGAUCGGCAUACAUCAAAUCAUUUAAUGCUUUUGGAAGCUGAUAAUCAUGUGGUAAACUGUCUACAGCCACACCCAUAUGACCCAAUUUUAGCGUCAUCUGGAAUAGACUACAAUAUUAAGAUAUGGUCUCCUUUUGAACAAGAUAAGCGCUUUAACUGGAAGCUUGCUGAAGAGGUAAUAUCACGGAAUGAGUUAAUGUUGGAAGAAACAAGAAACACUAUUACAGUUCCAGCAUCAUUCAUGUUAAGAAUGUUGGCUUCACUCAACCAUAUACGGGCAGACCGAGGAGAUGACCGAUCUGAAGGAGCUGGUCAGGAUAACUCCAAUGAAGAUGAAUGACCAUACUUCUCUUAUAAGCAUUCAAACAUAUUGUAUUCUGUAAAAGCAAUUUAGUAUAAUUUUCCUAGAUGGAUUUGGCAAGUUUGUUUUAUUUUACAAUAUUUUGUAUUAUGACCAGAUAGAGAGCAUGCAAAAUGUUGACAGCUUCUUCUCAAGACUGAAAAUAUAUAUAUAUAUAUAUAUAUAUAUAUAUAUAUAUAUAUAUAUAUAUAUAUAUAUAUAUAUUAUUGUUUUAAAUUAAAAUUGAAAAAAAACUGUUGUUUUUUUAAAAUAGACGUAUAGGAGAAGGAAAGCUAGCAAAGCAGUUUAUUGCCAAUAGAUUAGCCACAAUAAUGCAAGCUAUCACACUAUUAAUUCUGUAGAAUGCUUUACCAUACCUGAGUAAACAGCUCUAGAAGCUCUCUGUUUGGUUCGGAUAGUAGCUGCCAUAUUUUCUUGGUGUGACAUCUCUUCCUGUCUGAGUUUCCCUGCUCUGGGCUCAGUUUACAGCAAGGAGAGGAGGAGGGAGGGAGAGAGGAGCAAACUGAGCAUGCUCAAGCCCUGCCCUCGAGGUUUAAGCUGAAAACAGGAAGUCUGAUACAGAAGCCUAUGUGUACACAAUGGAAGGAAAGAAAUGUGGUGUUUAUUUUGACAGAGGACUCAGAGCAGCAUUACUUUGAGGGGUUUACUGGUCUAUUUAUAUAGUCCUUUCUGAUAAAAUGUACUUAAUGUUAGCCUUUCGUUCUCCUUUAAUUCUAAACUAAUUCUAAACUCCAAUGAUGUGCAUUCUUUAUUUUUUAAUCAAGGCAACUUCAUAUAUUGUUAAAGAAUAUUGCUCUCUUAAACUAAAGCUAUCCUUGAGCUGAAGCCUGGAGCCUCUGCCUUCUCUAUGAGCUAUUUGACUAUCUAGGUAAUAAUACAGAUGAGGGCUCCCAAACUUUUGAAUAAUUUACAUCUAGGGUUAACUUAGAAUUUCUGGCCAAGCCACUUGAGAAAAUCAUGAUGCAGUUCCAGCAAGUACUUAUUCUGCAUCUGUUUCAAGCAGACCCAAAUUUUUUGUUUAUAGUUUUUCAGUAAGUUUAUUUAUGUCUUCUUAAGAGCUUUAUUAUUGGGUAAAUGCAGUGUAAAAAUAUCUCUGAACUGUCUGUAAAUGCAAUGUAAAAAAUUGUUAAGAUAAACAAAUUGCUAUACAA